AUGAGCACCAUGUACGAGGGACAUCCAGUUAACAUACAGGUCAAGGAGAAGGCCGCCAGGGCUCGCGUCAGUAUGGAGACUUACUACCACAAUCUGGUGGUUAUGCACAAUGAACGAGAUGGCAGGUUGAAGAGCUUGGAGAAGAAGAUGGACGAACAGAGACUUAACGAGGAUGAGAGAGAAGACCAGAGACGGAGACAGGCCACUAAGGAGACUGACUUUCUCAGACUCAAGCGCUCUCGACUGGGGGUUGAUGAUUUUGAGUCACUUAAAGUUAUUGGAAGGGGUGCUUUUGGAGAGGUUCGUCUUGUACAGAAAAUUGAUACAGGUCACAUAUACGCGAUGAAAAUAAUGCGCAAAGUAGACAUGUUGGAGAAGGAGCAGGUAGCGCACGUGCGUGCUGAGCGCGACGUGCUCGCAGAGGCCGACAACCCAUGGGUGGUGAAAAUGUUUUACUCGUUCCAGGACUCAACAAACCUGUAUCUGAUCAUGGAGUAUUUACCUGGUGGUGACAUGAUGACACUUCUUAUGAAGCGGGACACACUGUCAGAGGAUGAAACUAGAUUCUACAUGGCGGAGUGUGUGCUAGCUAUUGAGUCUAUACACAGACUUGGCUUCAUACACAGAGAUAUUAAACCUGAUAACCUGCUCCUGGACGCUGGUGGACACAUUAAACUAUCUGAUUUCGGGUAA